AUGGACCCGCCGGCGACCCCCACAAAGGCCACUCGCUCGUCGCAGGCCCAGUUACCGUUAACACCUGAAGUGAUACGAAAGAUUGAAGAAAAUAGACUAAAAGCGAAAGCGAUUCGAGACCAGCGAGAGGCCGAACAACGUGCUGCUGGCACCGCACCGACGAUACCCAAGACGGCCUCUGGCUUCGUUCCAACAGAAAAUGUCCACGUUUCGAAAUCAGUAACAGGGAAGCGUCCUAUAUCUGCUGUUGAAAAUGGCGGCACCAAUCGAGACGGGCGUCAGCGAGGCGAUGAAAGCGCAUUACAAGCGCUUCCCAAAUUUGCAAAGUUUGUAGACUAUAACAUGAGUUCUAUGACGGAUACAAAAGGUGGCUUCUUAUCGACCGAAGACGACCCUCACAACUAUGCGCUUGGAGGUAAACCUUCAGGCGAUGACGAGCAAAGGCCGAAGAACAUGACGAUCCAAGAAUGGGAAAAGCAACGAUUAAUACGGGAGAUGAAGCGAUUAAAGUCGGGCCCGUUUGAGCCGGGCCUAACGGUUCUGCAAGACGAAUCGCAGAAAAAGAGAUGUCGAGAGUGCAGAAGCAUGGAUAUUGACUUUGUUUGGGAAGAGGUUUUCCACAUCUGUGUCUGCAGCAAGUGCAAGGAGAAGUUCCCUGACAAAUACUCUCUCCUCACCAAGACCGAAUGCAAAGAGGACUAUCUCCUAACUGAUCCUGAAUUGCGAGAUCCGGAGCUUCUGCCCCAUCUCUCAAAACCGAACCCACAUAAAUCCCAUUGGCACGACAUGAUGUUGUUCCUGCGAUGCCAAGUUGAAGAUUACGCUCUCAAGACAAAAUGGGGCUCAUCAGAGGCUCUUGACGCAGAGUAUGAACGCCGCGAGACACAAAAGAAAGCUCGAAAAGAAAAGGUGUUUAAGGAGAAGCUGCUUGACUUGAAGCGCAAGACGAGAACGGACGCCUUUCGACGACAAGCUGGCACGCUGAGCAAGACGGGAGCAAGCAAGUUUGGCGAUGCUGUUGGAAGUGGGCGCCAUGUUCAUGAAUGGGGCCGUACAGUGGAAAACGAAGAAGGCAUGACGAUCAAGACCUGUGUUGAGUGUGGUAUGGAAGUGGAAGAAUUGGAGUUUUAA